GGUCGCGGUAAGGGUUAUCUUCAAGCUUCAUUAGUGCGCAGCUAAGUACGCAAAGUUUUUCUUUGCAUAACCCUGUCCGAUCGACUCCGACCCGACGUCAGGAAGUCCUCCCCAUAAGUCUAAAUACCUAUCACAUACUCACCUCUAAUUAGUACACCGAAGCAACCAUACUUCUCGUUACGCAACGAUGUCAACGUACGCCAAGUUGACGCGGCGAUAGGGAGGCGAAUAAACCAGUCGGAAGUCCGGUAUCGUACCACGGAAAUCUGAUUUGAACGUCCCACUCAUCGAUGCAUGCCCGGUCGUUCGUUCAAAAACAAACUCAGCCUCGGUAGCUUCAAUCGGAUACACCAGCGGACUGCCUCCGUGAAAUCAUUCGGCAUCCCUCUCAUUCCUUACAAAAACUCCCUUCCUUCCGACCUCGAUAUCUUCUCUGUUUCUGGGAACGAACCUGAGUUUGACGACGAUUCCGACUGUGGUCCAUUUGACGAUUCGAAUAUUUUUGAAAUCAUCGAUAUGCACGGCUCUCAGGACUCGACGUCAUCGACGUUGCCUGCACCUGUCGUCCAGAACCGGUUAUCGCAAUGUUCAAUAGCGAAGAACAGACGCGAUGAUGAAAAUGAUGCUUCGGCUAUGGUGAGGUUGAAAAAACAUUUGUUGACGGAAGUCGAUGGAGAUCAGUCCACGGCGCCUUUGUCUAUGUAUUGUUUCAUGACUGGCUUCAUCGAUUCGGUUACAUUCUCUGCUAUAUUUGUCUGGUGCGCUUUCCAAACGGGAAACAGUUUACAACUGGCCCUUGCCCUUGCUCGCCUAUUCAGCGGGCAGCACGAUCAUUCGUUCCAUAUAGCAGACCGUCAAGCGCUGUGCUCUGUGCUCACGUUCAUUUUCGGCGCAUUUAUCGGCCGUAUCGGCGAUAAGUUGGGCUGCAAGACACGGUUAUGGCUGGCCCUCGGCACAUUCAUUCAAACCCUCUUUACGAUGGCCGCCGCUAUUGCGAUAUGGCAGAGCCAUCAGGGUAGCGUUGCUGAUGCGCGCGCCAACCCCGCAUGGACCAACGUGUCGUCCUUCGUGUGCGUUGGCUUCUUGAGCGCGAGCAUGGGCUUGCAGGGCAUUAUGGGGAAGCGUGUCAAUACGCAGUUCACCACUACAGUUGUGCUCACGACAACUUGGUGUGAGCUCAUGGCUGACCCUAAACUUUUUGACAUCCGACGGAUGGUCAUUUCGCGCGAUCACAAGAUCAUAGCUAUUGGCAGCCUGUUUUUUGGAGGCUUCAUUGGCCGUCUAUUGAUCGACAGUAUCGGUUCAGCUGCUACGCUGGGCAUCGGCACAGGUAUCCGUUUGAUUGUCAGCGUAUGGUGGCUGUUCGUCCCGGAGAGGCAGGCUGGGAAGUAAAUAUGCGUAUGAAGUGCUCAUAUGCGUGUUUAUAUCCAUGUACAUAUCUUCAUUUCCGACGACUAGGAGACGAGAUGCUACGUGUGUUGACGGGUAGGGGACGAGAGGAUGAUGUGAGCUGAGAUGUUUUUUUUUGUUCAAUUAUACCAGUAGUUUGUUGCACUUUUAGUGUAGUAUUGCCUAGAGUUUUUUUUUCGUUUUCAGAUACUGUAGGCAUCACGAUUUUGCAUGCGCAGUGGCUUUGUCGAACACAAGCGUAGCCCAUUCUCCAGUUUUCUCACGGCUUUCUAGUUUUAUCCACAAACUUGAAUCAUGAUUGAGUCUCU